AUGUUACAAAGGAUCCUGAAAGCCCCCAAAAUUCUUGCAGUUUCUGACUAUUUAUAUAAACAUUUUAAAAGGGCUAGGGCUUCUCAGGCAGCACUAGUGGUAAAGAACCCGCCUGCCAAUGGAGUUGUAAGAGACACGGGUUCAAUCCCUGGGUCGGGAAGAUCCCCUGAAGGAGGGCAGGGCAAGCCACUCCUGUGUUCUUGCCUGGAGAAUCCAUGGACAGAGGAGCCUGGUGGGAUACAGUCCAUGGGGUCAGAAAGAGUCAGACAUGACCAAAGCGACUUAGCACAUGCACAGAGCUAUAUUACUAUAUUUACAGAAUGUGUAGAAAGGGUUAGAACUUUUUUAUUGUUUAAUUUUUAA